UUUCUAUUAGCACGGACCUCUUACCCGACCCGAAUCGGUGAGACCACAUUCGCCGCCACUUUCCGCCACCGCAAUGUGGCGGAAAACCUUUCUCCUCGGCCUCCUCUUACCUUCUGUUUCGCCGCUGUUAUUCUCCUCCGAGUCUUACUCCGAUGCCUGCGACCCUCGUUCCCUGCCGGAUCCGCUCACCCUCCGGCCGGAUCGGCUCACCGUCCUCAUCAACGGGUUCUCCGAGGCCCGCCUCCCCCUUCUCCGUUCCCUUGCCGCCUCCUAUGCCACGCAUCCCCUGGUAGCCGCGGUGCUCAUCCUCUGGGGCAACCCUUCCACCCCUGCCGCUGCGCUCUCUUCCCUCGCCACCCAUGGCGGCGCCGGCGGCUUCGCCCCUAUCUCUGUCCAUCGCCAGCCUUCCCCCUCCCUCAACGCCCGCUUCCUCCCCCGCGCCAACAUCCGCACCCGCGCCGUCGCCGUCUGCGACGACGACGUCGAGGUCGAACCGCGCACCCUGGCCUUCGCGUUCGCUGUAUGGAGGUCCCGCGGUGGCGCCGCCCUGGUCGGCCUCUUCGCGCGCUCCCACGACCUGGAUCUGGAGCAGCGGCGCUGGAUCUACGCCAUGCACCCGGAUCGAUACUCCAUCGUGCUCACCAAGUUCAUGAUCCUGGGCACCGACUACCUCCGCCGCUACAGCUGCUGGGGUAGGCUAAGCGAGGCACGGCGCCUGGUGGACGGAGAGAGGAACUGCGAGGACAUCCUCAUGAACUUCGUGACCGCCAUGGAGAGCGGCGCCGGCCCCGUGCUGGUGGGCGGGCGGGUGCGCGACUGGGGCGACCCAAGGAACAACGGCGGCAUCAGCAACAGCAGCGUCGACAAUGGUGGAAGCGGUGUGGUGGGGAUCGAGCGGGUGGGGCUCAGCGCGAGGGGUGGGCACCGGAAGAAGAGAGGGGAUUGCAUCACGGAGUUCCACCGGAUGCUCGGCGAAAUGCCGCUGAGGUACAGCUACGGGAAGGUGGUGGAUGGCGUGGGGGAGCAAGGGUUGUGUAGAAAGGGUGGGAGGCUGGUCCUGUGUGAUCAUCAAGAGUAGUGUUAUUGAUGAUGAAUCUAAAACUUAGUUUAUCGAUAUGGCAAGAUGCAUCGGAGGAACGUUCACCCUAUGAAUUACCUUACCUCUCUGUAAUAAAAGUUGAAAGGCGAAUUCUUGAAAUUUUUUUUUGUUUGAA